CAUGGACCUGCCCCCGCAGCUCUCCUUCGCUCUCUACGCAGCUGCCUUUACGCUGGGCUUCCCGCUCAAUGCCCUGGCCAUUGGGGGCGCCGUGUCCCACGCCCGGCUCCGCCUCACCCCCAGCCUUGUCUAUGCCCUCCACCUGGGCUGCUCUGACCUCCUGCUGGCAGCCUCUCUGCCCCUGAAGGCAGUGGAGGCCCUGGCCUUGGGCGCCUGGCCUCUGCCGGCCCCACUCUGUCCUGCCUUUGCCCUGGCCCACUUCGCUCCGCUCUAUGCUGGCGGGGGCUUCCUGGCUGCCCUGAGUGUCGGCCGCUACCUAGGGGCUGCCUUCCCCUUGGGCUACCAAGCGGCCCGGAGGCCACGCUAUUCCUGGGGGGUGUGUGCGGCCAUAUGGGCCCUUGUCCUCUGUCACCUGGGGCUGGUGUUUGGGUUGGAGGCUCCGGGAGGCUGGAUGGACAAUACCACCAGCUCCCUGGGGAUCAACACGCCAGUCAACGGCUCUCCAGUCUGCCUGGAGGCCUGGGACCCAGCCUCAGCGGGCCCUGCUCGCCUCAGCCUCUCUCUCCUGCUCUUCUUCCUGCCCCUGAGCAUUACAGCCUUCUGCUACGUGGGCUGCCUCCGGGCACUGGUCCGCUCAGGCCUGAGCCACAGACGGAAGCUAAGGGCAGCCUGGGUGGCCGGCGGGGCUCUGCUCACGCUGCUGCUCUGCUUAGGACCUUACAACGCCUCCAACGUGGCUGGCUUCCUGCACCCCAACAUGGGAGGCUACUGGCGGAAACUGGGGCUCAUCACAGGGGCUUGGAGUGUGGUGCUCAACCCGCUGGUGACUGGCUACUUGGGAGGGGGUGCUGGGCGGGUAACAAGUGUGGCAAGAACAAAAGGAGGGACAUCCCAGAAGUAGUAGCC